UCUGGGGAGUGGAGAGUGAGAGAAUGUAAACGCACACACACCUUCACUAGGAAAAAGUAGCCCAUUCUCAAUUUUCCACAAAGGAAACGAUUUCAUUUUUUUGUUAUCUCUGCUUGCGUGUGGACAAUGCGCUACCCACACAUUUCCGUGCGUUGACAGCGCUGGACACUCAGUGUGUGUGGUGUAGACUGCAGUCGCGUCUUUCCCCGACUCACCUAUAGAGCGUAGGCCUAAACAGGUAGGCCAGGUAGGCUACGGGAACGAAAUCCGGAAGAACAAGCAAAUCUCUUUGUUCACACUAUUUUUUAUCUUACCUCUGCAACUAAACUUCUCCCAAUAACGUUUAUGCAAUUUUGAUCAUUCUUCUUCUGAGAAAGUAGAAGAGUGAAGAUGACGGAACUACCAGUUCACAAGAAAAAUAUGCUGAUUCUAGUUGAUGUUCUCUGUGUGGUUGUCGCGGCCCUUCCGUCAGCGGUCUUGACGUUGAUGUUCAGUCCGUACCAGAGGGGUAUCUACUGUGAUGACGAGAGCAUCAGAUAUCCUUACAGAAGAGACACCAUCUCUCACAGGGCAAUGGCUGCAGUCACCAUCACCUCCUCCAUGGUCAUAAUAACUACAGGAGAAGCGUACCUGGUGUACUCCAAGCGUCUCCACUCCAACUCUAACUUUAACCAGUACAUGUCAGCUCUCUACAAGGUGGUGGGGACCUUCCUGUUUGGAGCAGCUGUGAGCCAAUCACUGACUGACCUGGCCAAGUUCACCAUAGGCAGGCCACGCCCUAACUUCCUGUCUGUGUGUAAUCCCACGGUGUGUUCUGGGUACAUGCUGCAACUCAACUGUACUGGCAACCCUCGAAACGUCACAGAGUCCAGAUUGUCGUUUUACUCCGGACACUCUGCCUUCGGGAUGUACAGCAUGCUGUUUCUAGCGUUGUAUGUGCAAGCCCGUAUGCAGGGGAAGUGGACUCGUCUGGUCAGACCCACAGUGCAGUUCUCCCUCGUGGCGUUUGCGGUGUAUGUUGGAUACACACGGGUUAGCGACUACAAACACCACUGGAGCGACGUACUGGUGGGACUGCUGCAGGGAACUCUCAUCGCUGUGCUCAACGUUUGCUACGUCUCUGAUUUUUUUAAGCUCCGCCCCCCUCCUCGCUGCCUACGACCAGAGACAGCUGAAGACGAAGACCUAGAGGCCAAACCUGGCCUGAACACAGACACACAACUACACAACUACAGCCUGAACAGAGACACACAACACAACAACCACUACAACUACACCACUACCACAGCCUGAACACAGACACACAACUACACAACAACCACUACACAACUCUACACAACAAUCACGGCAACCAUGGGGCAGUGGCGUAGACAGAAAUUCGGUGGGUGGGCCUUUAAAAAAAAAUAUUAUAAUGUUUUGUUGUUGUUGGGGAAAGGAGCUAACUUCCUGUAAUUUUGCCAUGGGGCAAAGAGAGAAAUGUGCAGUAUUAUAGCUAAUCUCAUGCUAUUCUACAAAUUUUGCCGUGAGACUGAAAGAAAAUGUUGCUGUUUUGAAAGCUAAUUUCAUGCAAGUUUGCCAUGGGGCAGAGGAAAAUGUGCAGUUUAAUAGCUUGCUAUGAAUUGGUGGUGUUUACACGUUUAGGUAAAAAGACAGAUAAUUAGAGCCCGACCGAUAUUUUAUUUUUGGGUCCGAUACCAAUUUUAGGGAGGUAGAAGUCACAGAUAUUGUUUUUUAGAGGUUGAAUGAAAAACUAAUUAUUUUUUUCACAAACUGUGCUUCAAAGGAUUAACAGGUACUCUAAAUGAUGAUUUCUUAACUAAAUAUUAGAAUUAACAUUAUUUAAGAACAUUGUAUUUGGUUUACAGGAUAUCCACCAAAAAUCAAUUAUAUUCUCUAUAAAUAUGACAGUGAAUACAAAACUUGUUUAGUUGACCUUCUUAGGUCAAAAUGUCUAUCUAUGGCAGUGGAUAAGAAGUAUGAAAAAGUGUUUGUGCUAAACCACCGUAAGGGUGAGUAGAUUUAAUACAGUGUUUACAACAGUCAAAUGUCAUGUAAACAAACACUUUAUGGCAACCUUGCAAUGAGAGUACGUUAUGACAAGCACAAGCUAGCUGUUCAUUACGACAAUGUUUUCUUACAGAAACCAUAUGUACAUUACACUGUUAUUCAAUACAAAAUGUAUUGGCUAUAAAUUUCAACUGCAAAUGGCAUGCGCUGAUGACUGAAAAUGUUUAUACAGGCAAAUUCUUGCUGCACUGGUUUUUGUCACAUUCUAGUUUAGCGAGCUAGCUAACAUUAGCUACUUAUCUCAUAAUGAAUGCAAGCACAUGGCCUGAAUGAUAGACCUGUGCCACCUGUCUUGCUUUUUGAAGAUUGCAUAUUUUGGAAAACUAACUAAAUUAGCCCACUAGCUAACAUAAUAGGCCCUGACAGUAUCAGUGUUCUUUUUGUAUCAAGGACAAGUGUUUGCUUUGGCGCCAGUCCAGUGUUGGCACAUACAUAGCACAGAUUGCUAGCUAAGCUAACUACCUUGCUGGCUAGCUAGCCAGCUAACGUUAACGAAGUGAGAAUGUGAUGAGGACAGGGCUGCUUGCUUGGUGAAGUGUACUUUUGAUUAUUUACUUAUGCUGGCUGUGGCAAGCUACUCACCGUCAAACCACCAUGCCUACUGUCUCUCACAUUGUGGCCUAGGGCUGAAUGAUGUUUAAUGAGAUGCUGGUAGAGUGCCCUCUUCAGGCAACCAUUGAAAAUGGAGCAGACGUAUUUGUUUAUUCUAUGUAUAUAAUAUUGGCGCUUUAUCUGUGGAAUAAAGGCCGCUAAAAAUA